CGCUUCAAGCUUUCAUAACCCUUAAAACGUUAUAUCAACGGACUGAAAGACAAAUUUAGAAAUCACAAUCUCUGGCAGCCGACUGAAAUCGACACUUCUGUUAUUUAACGCAAAAUUCACUCUUUUUAGUUCCAUAUUUUACCGCCCCAUUAUGCCAAUCUGUUUCAACUACUGUUUCUUUCAAGCCUCUCACAUCUGCUAAAUUGAGCCCUUUUUAAGAAUUUUUUUGGGUUUUUCGCUUUCAGUUUAGUCACAUAUUCGUCGAAAACCUUCAGUGCCCAGGAAUCUCAGCGAAUCUUGUUUUUUUGAAGAGUUUUUGGGCGCGCAGUUGAUAUUUUACAAUGUCUUUGAGACCCAAUUCUCGGGCAGAGCUGAGGAAGAAAUCUUACAAGGCGGGUGUCGACGCAGAUGAAGCUCGGCGAAAGAGAGAAGACAAUCUCAUUGAGAUCAGGAAAAGUAAGAAGGAAGAUAAUCUCCUUAAGAAGAGAAGAGAAGGAAUGCAAUUGACUCAGGCUUUGCCGCAGUCUGAUCUCGUGAAAAAGUUGGAGAGUCUCCCUGUAUUUGUGGCAGGAGUAAUGUCAAAUGAUCCUCAUUUGCAAUUGGAAGCAACCACUCAAUUUAGGAAGAUUCUUUCAAUUGAACGGUGUCCCCCUAUUGAGGAAGUUGUUAAUGCUGGAGUUGUCCCUCGGUUGGUAGAGUUCCUCACAAGAGUUGACUUCCCUCAACUCCAGUUUGAGGCAGCGUGGUCUUUGACAAACAUUGCAUCAGGAACCUCGGAACACACACGAGUUGUGAUUGAUCAUGGUGCAGUGCCACACUUUGUGCAGCUUCUUAGCUCCCCAAGUGAUGAUGUUCGAGAGCAGGCUGUUUGGGCAUUGGGAAAUAUAGCUGGUGAUAAUUUCAAGUUUAGAGAUCUAGUUCUCGGUCAUGGUGCUCUUAUGCCACUCCUGGCCCAAUUGAAUGAGAAAACCAAUCUAUCGAUGCUGAGAAAUGCCACUUGGACACUAUCCAAUUUUUGUCGUGGCAAGCCACAGGCACCUUUUGAACAGACCAAGCCAGCACUUCCAGCUCUUGAACGCCUUAUUCAUUCGGAUGAUGAGGAAGUCUUGACGGAUGCAUGUUGGGCUCUUUCAUACCUAUCAGAUGGAACAAAUGACAAAAUACAAGCUGUGAUAGAGGCUGGUGUUUGUCGUAGACUUGUCGAGCUUCUGCUGCACACCAAUCCUAUGGUUCUCAUUCCAGCUCUUCGCACAGUGGGCAACAUUGUUACUGGAGAUGAUGUACAGACACAGUUCAUGAUUGAAAAUCAUGUGCUUGCAUGCCUUUUACAUCUCCUGACAAACCAUCAAAAGAAAAGUAUCAGGAAGGAAGCAUGCUGGACAGUUUCAAACAUCACAGCAGGCAAUAAAGAACAAAUACAGACUGUCAUUGAUGCAAACAUUAUUUCUCCUCUUGUGAAUUUGCUCCAAACUGCUGAAUUUGACAUCAUGAAAGAGGCGGCAUGGGCAAUCUCCAAUGCCACUUCGGGCGGUUCACACGAACAAAUCAAGUAUUUGGUGAGUCAGGGAUGUAUUAAGCCAUUAUGUGACCUGUUAGACUGCAAAGACCCAAAAAUAGUUUCAGUUUGUCUUGAGGGGCUUGAGAACAUCCUGAAAGUAGGAGAGGCAGAAAAGGAUCUAGGAAACACUAGUAUAAAUAGUUUUGCUCAGCUCAUUGAUGAUGCUGAAGGACUUGAAAAGAUUGAAAACUUGCAGAAUCACGAUAAUGAGGACAUCUAUGAGAAAGCUGUGAAGAUCCUUGAAACCUAUUGGCAAGAAGAUGAUGAGGAUGAGCAAAACAUAGCUCCUCCUGGUACUGAUGGCCAGCCGGCUUUUAGUUUUGGUACAAAUAGAGCACAAGUUCCUCCAGGUGGUUUCGCUUUUGGUUGAGGAGGUGGAAUUUCUUUUUGCUGGAUCAUACAAUGGGUGUUCAAAGAUUUGAACAAUGAUUUUGCCAUUUCAAAGAAAUGGGCUCAAUAUAUAGGUGUUCAUUAUUUUUAGGAUAUAUAGAAGAGUUUCAAAAUUUACUUACUGGCUCCCUCUGUCUUAUGUUAAAAUGAAUGUAAUCAUAAGCGAGACCAUAUGACCGGCUUUCAAAGCUGCUCAAUAUAGGUGUUCUUUUUUUAGGAUAUAUUGAAGUUUAUCUCAAUAGUUGGAGUUUUUGUCCGUCAUUUCUACAAUUCAAAGUGAACUAUUAGAAAACCUCAAUUUUUAUGAAUUUAAUGGGUAAAUUGUAUUCAAUUUGGCAGUAAGGUUUCGAAACUGUACUUACUGGCUGUCUUUGUCUUAUGUUAAAAUUCAAUGUGAUCAUAAGUGAGACCA